GUGGAGCGAUGGCUGCUGCUGCCGCCGACGCCGUGCCCGCAUUGGAAGGGGUGGACCAGGUGGCGUACCUCCUGUAUGCGGUGCCGGGAGCUCCCCUGUGGCACCAGCGCUGGAACUUGGGUCGGGCGGUGUCCUGUCCGAGUGACGCGAUCCUAGUCUCGCCAGACCACCAGGUGCAGUGCGAGGUAGUGGACGGGACGUCGCCCGACAUCAGCGCGGUGCGGUGGGCGCCCGCCCUCGCCCCCAGGCCGCCGGGCGUCGUGCGGGCCUACCGCUUCGCGAGCGCCCCGACUGCGGCGGAGGUGGCAGCCUGGCUCCCCGAGGCCCAGGCCGAGGCGCGGCGCUGCUUUGCUCGGCGCCACCCGGGCGUGGCCGUGCCGGCGCCCGUCUUCGAGGCGUGGCCCUGGGCUGCGCCGGGGGCGCCGGCUGCCGCCGCCGGGCCCGCCCCUCCCGCGGGGGCCCCCGCCGCCGGGCCGCCGGGCGGAGGAUGGGUCGUGGUGCCAGCGGGGGGCCCGCCGCCCGCCGCGGCGCCCGUCGCCCCGGCACCCGCGCCCCUGCCGGGCGGGGUGAUGCGCCGAGGAGGUGCGGCCGCGGGGGCUGCGCCGGCCGCGGGCGGCGGGGAGGCGGGCGGAGCGCCGGCGCCCGCGGGAGCGGCGCUCGCGGCGGCCGUGGUCGGGGGGGCCCGACCCCUGGUGCUGGCGGGUGGCGCUGGCGACGCCGCCCCCGCCCCCGUGGGGAACUGGCGCGUCGCCCAGGAGUGGAGGGGGUACCACUACGGCGAUGUGAUCAUCCCUCCAGCGGGCUUCGCCGGGGCGGGCACCCCCGCCCGCGGCGUCGUCUUGCUCGCAGACGGGUCGUCUCUCUUCGUCGAGUGGGUGGCCAUCGGUGACGAGUCGGACUUCGCCGACCGGGCGGUGGCGCCCGACUGUCGCCUACUGCCGGUCCGCCUCGAUCGCGUUGGCAGGCCCUUCCGGACGCUCGAGAACCUCGUCGAGAGCUGCCGCCAGGAGCACCUCCCCGACUUCAUCGCGCCGAGGACGACCACGUGGUGCCUCGAGCACCUCGCGGGCGAGGGCCGCUCUCUCGAGUCCCACUUCGAGCAUUUCAAGAAGUUGUGCGGGCUCCAGGACUCCCAGUGGGGCAUGGAGGAGUACGCCAGUGUGAUCAGCUACCUGAAGGCGUUGCUCCAGCACGAUCAGGUGGACGCGUCCAACAUCCUUUCGGUGGAGAUGAUGUUCCGCCGGCUCCAGACGAUCGAGUACUGCUACAGCGACAAGUUGCGCGAGAGGACAGCGGGCUCCUCCGCGGGGAGGCUCACCGCCGACGAGCAGGCCGCCUUCGGGGCGACGGCCCGGGCCGAGUCGAGGCUCAUGGUGUCGCCCGCGCUGCUCGAGAGCGCCAAGCAGGAGCUGGAGCGGGACGCGUCGCUGGCCAAGAGCCUCCUGAAGGCGCGCGAGGCUCGGGAGUCGCUGGGCAAGCGGAGGCAGGGCCAGGGGAAGGACCAGGGGUUGAAGGACUCGGGGCCCCUGCGACCCUAUGGGGACCCUCGCCUCCACUCUCCCUCUCUGUACGGCGAAUUCGUUCAGCGGUUGGUCGAGGCUGGGGUAGCCGAGCUGACGCUUGAGCGACCUACCGAGGUGGUGGAUUGCUUCUUUGUGAAAAAGGGGGGCGGCAAGCAGCGGCUGGUCGUCGACUGUCGGCGGUCUAAUCAGCAUUUCGAGCCGCCCGCCCCUGUCAGCCUUGUCUCUGGCGACACUCUCUCCCAGGUGCAUGGCGACGACUCCCUCGAUCAGCCCGUGUCUAUUGGCCAGGUCGAUAUAAAAGACGCUUUCUAUCACAUGGAGCUCCCAGAGGGGCUCCGCCAGUACUUCGGGCUGCGAAGAAUUCGGGCCUCGUGGGCGGGCAUCUCUCAAGUCCAGGGGGAGCUCGACGUCUGGGACCGUAUCGCCCCGCUCAUCUGGGUCAACACCUCUGCGGGUACCUGUCCAGACGUCGUCGUGGUGGACGCGUCGCCGUGGGGCCUGGGGGCCGUUCGGGGGCGACCGCCGGUGGCCCUGGUCAAGGAGGCCUGCCGUCACUCGGAGCGUGCUGGGGCUCGGGAGGCGGCCCGGGAAGGGCGGCCUCCCCGCGAGCGCGCCUUCGCCGCGGCCGCUGCGCAGCUGCACGGGGGUGAGGGGGAGGCCGACAGGCGGAUCCUGAUGGAGCUCGUGCGGCCCCAGUCUCGACACCACCGUCCCGAAAGCGAGUUCGACCGCCGGCACACGAAGGCGUUCGAGGACGUCCCCCUGGACCUCUUGAGGGCUCCCUGGAGGGUGUGCGGGAGGCAGAGGUGGAAACGGGCCUCGACGUCUAUGCCGGCCCUGGAAGCGGAGGCGCUUUUGCACGGGGUGCGCCACCUCCUGAGGUCCGUCGCCAACUUGGGCUCGAGGCUGCUCGUGAUUGGGGACUCGAUCUCGGCCUCCCUGGCCGCCACGAAGGGACGGUCGUCUUGCGAUGGCAUGCUCUCGGUGACCCGCCGGCUGGGCGCCCUGCUGCUGGGGACCGGCAGCCUCCUGCGGUCGCGCUGGAUCGCGUCGGAGCUCAACCCUGCAGACGGACCCUCGCGCGGCCGGCCGGCGCCGAGCGACCCGCUUGCCGGCCUGCGGCGCGAACUCGCGACCGCCGCCGGCGAGGGUCGCAAUGCUGGCGCGCGGCAGGUCCGACAGAUCGAGGCCCAGAUGAGCCUGCUCCGGAGGGCCUCGGUGUCGGCGAAGACGCAGGCCCAGUACUCCCUCUACCUGGCCGCCCUGCAGAGGUUCUGCGACUCCCGCGGGGACCACCCGAACACCGAGGAGGAGUGGGACAUCGCCACCGCGGGCCUGAUGGAGAUCAUGUUCAUGGAGGGCGGCUCGCUGAGCGCGGGGGAGAAGCUCUUGGCGUCGGUGCAGUGGGCCGAGCCGCGCCUGGGCAGGUUGGGGGGCGGGCGGACGCCCGUCUGUCGACAGUGUCUGCGAGGCUGGCGCCGCGCUGCCCCAGCCGGGGGCCGCUUGCCCCUGCCCUACGACGUGGUGGCGCUGCUGGCGUGCUGGAUGAUCUGCCAGGGGCUGAGACCCCACGCGCUGGCCAUUCUCAUGAUGAUGGAGAUGUACUUGCGGCCAGGAGAGCCGUUCCUGCUACGGGGCCGCGACGUAGUGGCGGGGUCCCUCAGCGGAGCUCGCGAGUGGACCCCCACAUCGGUCUUGCUCCACCCGUUCGAGAUGCGGACCCCGUCCAAGAGCCAGGAGUUCGACCAGACGAUCGUCCUCGACCUCGACCGGCAGGCGGCGCUCGCAGACGCCCUGGUGCAGCUGGGGCUGGAGCGCGGCGGCGGGCCCUUGCUGGAUCUGACGCCCAGCGCCCUGCGCCGGGCCCUGGACGAGGCCGCGGCUGCCUGGCGCCUGGGGCCCCUCGGGCCGCUCGACGCCUACCGCUUCCGGCACACGGGGGCGAGCGUCGACUUCGCGACCGGCGCCCGACGUUUGGAGGAGAUCCAGCGCCGCGGGCGGUGGCGGUCCGCGCGGAGCCUCCGCCGCUACGAGCACGGGGGGCGACUGGCCGACCUCUUGCGCCGCCUGCCGCCCGACGUGCAGCGGGCGGCGGAUGCCGUCUUUGGGCCGCUGAGGGCGCCCACCGUCGCCGUGUUCCUCGAGCUGUUCGCGGGCUCGGGCCACCUGCCCGAUGCCAUGGAGCGGGGAAAUGUCCCCACAUUGCGGUGGGACAUCCUGUACGGCCCCGCCUACGACCUGCGCAACCCCAGGAGCGCCCGCCUCAUUCGAGGGUGGAUGCGGGCGGGGCUCGUCUGCGGCCUGCAUGCUGGCUUUCCUUGCGAGACCUUCUCGCGGGCGCGAGACCGCCCCAACGGGCCUCCGCGGCUCCGGUCCCAGGAGCACGUCUGGGGCCUGCCCAGUCUCCAUCCCGAGGGCGCCGACUUCCAGAAGGUGAAGUGGGGCAACCUGUACGCGCGGCUCACGAUAUCCUUCCGCGUGCUGUGCUGCCAGUGUUUCGUCCCCUGGUCCGUCGAGAACCCCGCGCUGAGCUGCGCGCGGCAGCUGCCGCCGAUGCUGUCCCUGCUCCAGCGCCGGCAGGUCACGACCCAGGUGCUCGAGCACUGCCGGUUCGGGGCGCCCUGGAGGAAGAGCACCAGGAUAGCUGCGUUUCUCCUCGACUUGGCACCUUUGGCCAAAUUCAGAUGUACAGGGCCCGUCUGUGUCCUCACUGGGCAGCGGCAUCAAGAGCUGUCCGGCAAAGACGCGUCGGGCAGGUUCCGCACUAGAUUGGCGGAGGCAUAUCCUCGCAAGCUCUGCAGCACCCUCGCCAGAGCCUAUGCCGACGAGAAAGCCAG